GAGGCGGAGCGAGCCCAAAAUGGCGGCUCUCAGGCUGGCGCGCUCCGUGUUGCUGAGGCUUUGAGGUGGUCGCCAGGGGUCCGGGGGGACGAUUUCCCCGCCGCAGUGGCCCUAGAGGAUGAAUCGGGGGCUCUGCUAAGGCUAGGCGGUGGGGGUGGAGAGAAGUGGCAGCAAGUGCUGCGGUGGAGUCCACGGAGCGGGAUGUGCGAGAGUUACUCCAGGUCGUUGUUGAGGGUCUCGGUGGCGCAGAUCUGCCAGGCGCUGGGCUGGGACUCGGUGCAACUCAGCGCCUGCCACCUCCUGACGGACGUGCUGCAGCGCUAUCUGCAGCAGUUGGGACGGGGCUGCCAUCGGUACUCUGAGCUCUAUGGCCGAACAGACCCAAUUUUGGAUGAUGUUAGUGAAGCUUUCCAGCUUAUGGGCGUUAGUCUUCAUGAACUAGAAGACUAUAUUCACAAUAUUGAACCUGUCACUUUCCCACAUCAAAUUCCUUCAUUUCCUGUUAGUAAGAACAAUGUACUUCAGUUUCCUCAACCUGGAAGUAAAGAUGCAGAGGAAAGGAAAGAAUACAUUCCUGAUUACAUGCCACCAAUCGUGUCUUCUCAAGAAGAAGAAGAAGAAGAGCAGGUGCCCACCGAUGGCGGCACAUCAGCAGAAGCCAUGCAGGUUCCCUUGGAGGAAGACGAUGAACUGGAGGAGGAGGAAAUCAUUAAUGAUGAGAACUUCUUGGGUAAGAGACCAUUGGAUAGUCCUGAAGCUGAAGACAUGCCUGCCGUGAAGCGACCACGACCACCAAGCACGAAAGGGGAUGGCCUGGAUGUAGUGUUACUGGAAGCUCGAGAGCCACUCAGCUCAUUAAACCCGCAAAAGAUCCCGCCGAUGCUCUCCCCGGUCCACGCACAGGACAGCACAGACCUCGCCCCUCUGUCGCCAGAGCCACCCAUGCUAGCUCCGGUUGCAAAAUCACAAAUGCCAGCCGCAAAGCCCUUAGAAACAAAGGCAUUUGCACCCAAAACAAAGACUAAAACGAGUUCUCCAGGACAGAAGACUAAAUCGCCGAAAACUACUCCGUCACCAGCAAUGGUUGGAAGUCCUAUUCGGUCACCGAAACCUCUGUCCAAAGAAAAGAAAUCUCCAGGACGGUCUAAGAGCCCCAGAAGUCCCAAGAGCCCCAAGGUUGUGACCCAUGUCUCCCCAGCACCUGUCAGACCCGAGACGCCAAACAGGAUCCCUUCAGCUGCAGCAAGUGAGAAAGCGAGCAAAGAGGCCCUUCAGGUAGCACACGUGCACACACCCCCUGAGGCCGCAAAGCUGAACAACGAGAACCAGCCGAGAAAGGCCGUGGUGACCGACAAAACCAUCGAUGCCUCCAUCGAUGCCGUCAUUGCACGAGCUUGUGCUGAAAGAGAGCCAGACCCUUUCGAGUUCUCUUCUGGCUCUGAGUCAGAAGGGGACAUUUUCACCAGCCCGAAGCGAAUUUCGGGUUCGGAAUGUAUGACUCCAAAAGCUUCCAUGUCCUCCAACAGCUUCCCCAAGUCAGGGUCCACUCCCCUGCCUCUCUCAGGCGGAACGUCAAGUUCUGACAAUUCCUGGACAAUGGAUGCCUCCAUCGAUGAGGUUGUCCGGAAGGCAAAAAUGGGAACAGCGUCCAACAUGCCCCCCAGCUAUCCUUACCUCUCCUCCCCUUCGGUCUCUCCGCCCACACCCGAACCUCUGCACAAGCUGUAUGAGGAGAAGACCAAACUGCCUUCCUCGGCGGACGUCAAGAAGAAGUUGAAAAAGGAACUGAAGACGAAAAUGAAGAAGAAAGAGAAGCAGAGAGAUCGGGACAGGGAAAGAGACAAAAGCAAGGACAAAAGUAAAGAGAAAGAAAAGGUGAAAGAGAAAGAAAAGGAAGCCAGCAAGGAAACCAAGUAUCCAUGGAAGGAAUUCCUGAGAGAUGAAGAGUCGGACCCCUACAAGUUUAAAAUAAAAGAGUUUGAAGAUAUUGAUUCCAAAGUGCGAUUGAAAGAUGGACUGGUGAGGAAAGAGAAAGAGAAGCAUAAAGAUAAGAAGAAAGAUAGAGAAAAGGGCAGAAAAGACAAAGAUAAGCGAGACAAAGACAGAGUUAAAGAUAAGGGGCGGGAGGACAAGGUGAAAGUGGCCCCAGCGCCCCUGGUCCUGCCACCCAAGGACAUGGCCCUGCCCUUGUUCAGCCCCUCCGCGGCCGUGAGGAUCCCCGCCAUGCUGCCCUCUUUGUCACCCAAGCUGUUUGAAGAAAAGGAGAAACCGAAGGAGAAAGAAAGGAAAAAGGACAAGAAAGAGAAGAAGAAAAAGAAAGAGAAAGAGAAGGAAAAGGAGAAGAAAGAGAAGGAACGGGAGAAAGAGAAGAGAGAGAGAGAGAAGAGAGAGAAAGAAAAGGAGAAACACAAGCAUGAAAAAAUAAAAGUGGAGCCAGUUGUUCCAGCCCCAAGUCCAGUUAUCCCCAGGUUGACUCUCCGAGUUGGUGCUGGCCAAGACAAGAUUGUCAUCAGCAAAGUGGUAACAGCGCCGGAGGCUAAGCCAGCUCCUUCUCUGAAUAGACCCAAGACCCUGCCACCAGCGCCCGCCCCGGCCGCUCUGCCUGUGCAUGUCACCCCGGCCCCCGUGCCUUUGCCGCUCCUGGCACAGUCCCCCGUGGCCUCUGCUUUGAUGCCCUCUCCGUCCCCCGCCAUCUCUGGAGCCGGAAGUUCCAAAGCCCCGGUCCGGAGCGUGGUCACGGAGACGGUCAGCAAUUACGUGAUCCGAGAUGAGUCGGGAAAUCAGAUCUGGAUCUGUCCAGGAUGCGACAAGCCUGAUGACGGGAGUCCCAUGAUCGGGUGUGACGAUUGUGACGACUGGUACCACUGGCCCUGCGUGGGAUUAAUGGCCGCACCACCAGAAGAGAUGCAGUGGUUCUGUCCCAAGUGUUCCAACAAGAAAAAGGACAAAAAGCACAAAAAGAGAAAGCAUCGGGCGCACUGACGUCGGUCUCCUGCGGGGCCCCACGGCAUGGGCUCGGGGCGCCCUUCCUGCCUCGUGGCGGGAACUCGGUGCGAUUGUGCCAUCCGGGCUACACCAAGUUGCCGCGGAGGGGGAAUCUCGGAAGGCCACGGACAAGAGGACACCAUCUGCACUGGACACAUCCCUUCGGGAACAGACUGGCCUGCGGCCACCGGCGGACAGUGUGAUCAAAGAGAAACUCAAGUAGGGCUGUGGCGUGAGGACUGCCAUGCCUCCAUUUUCCUGUUACCAGUGACAAGUAUUAUUAACAAAAAGACCAUAAUCUUCCCUUUUGAUUUUCUUUAUUCUCUCAAAGGGCCUUUUCACGAACAUAUUAGGUGAACAGAUGAUGUGUAAACUGCCUUGACUGUGAUAUGAAGAUGACGUCGGUAGUCUGUAUACAGCUUUCAGCCUCUUUCCCUUAUAGUGAGAUAAUCGUCACAACAUAAGAGAGAACUCCAGUUGGAGCACUGGUAGAUAUUUUUGUGAUGAAAAUAUACGAAGCUUCCCCUCCUUCCCGUUUUUAGUACUAACAUGGAAAAUGUUCAGGCUUUUGUGAAAUACCUUAUAUUUUUUAAGAAAAAAGUUUCUAUCAUGUCCUGUUUGCUUUCGUGCAAAUUAUUUUUGUUGACUCACGUAAUUUCUGUCUUGGUUGCAUUCUCACCUUGCGCUUCUUCAAACUGCUGGCGUUCUUCUCACUGCUUAUACAUUUCAUAAACUUAUGUAAAAAACCUUCAGACUAGAGGAUCUCCCCUCAUGUAAAUAAUAAAUAUUUAUGAAGUAGUUAUUUUUUAAAUUUUUAUCGUGUUUAAUUCAGGCUUUCUCUGAAAUCUGUGAUUUCAGCCAUGUCUGUGAUUCCUGCUGUUACAUAAACAAAGGAGGCUAGAAAAUGCCAUCUGCCUUGAGCUGAACCCACACAGGGCCCAGAACAUGGGGAAAGGGCCCCAGCAGUCAGGAGGGAAACACGACAAUUUAAAUCUAUAGUUUAUGAUUUGGAAUUGUUAUCUAUUUUGUUCCUGUAAAUUUCUUUGACUUACUUUUAUUAAAAGGACAUGUAGAUUCCCCAAAAGUAAAAAUAUAUAUAUAUAUAUACUGUA